AUGAGCUCCGCCCGUAAUACGAACCCUUUUGGGUGGCUAAGCAGUCACACCAACCCAGUAUGUGAUGAUGUAACUAAGGUCGAAGCCAGGAAGCAGAUCCUUCGUAAGGAGGGAAGAUGCUUGAAACGAAACCACAUGAGUCGAGAGUAUCGGUCCAGCAUCAGCUGUAGUCAAUGUAACGGGAAACAUCACACCACCAUUUGUGAUCGGGCUACGCAAGACAAUAAGACCCCUACUCAAACUCAAGGAAAGUCCCAAUCAUUGGUCCAGAUGCAUGAGGACCAAGUCAGAGCCAGGAUUAUACUAGAUGGUGGGAGCCAGCGCUCCUAUGUUAAUAACCAGUUAAGGAGUUCGCUCAACCUCAAGAAGGUACAUACCAAUACAGUCCCAAUUAAGACCUUUGGGUCAUCAGGUGAAAGCACUCAAGUCUGUGCAGUCGUUGAAUUGAAGAUUGGGACUAAGCAGGGUGAGCCAGUCGUAAUAACUGCCAUCUCGGUACCACUCAUUUGUGAACCCAUUUGUGGACAGCCAAUUGAAUAUGCCCAAAAAGUGUUUGGAUACUUGUCAAAGUUGGAAUUGGCAGACACCCCGGAGGACACAGGUUCUUCAACAGUUGAUAUGUUAAUAGGAUCCGACUAUUAUUGGAGGUUUGUCACAGAAAGAGUAUGUUGUGGGACAAAUGGCCCAGUAGCAAUUCACACUAAGCUGGGGUGGGUACACUCUGGUCCAAUAACUGUUUCCAGUCAAGGGAGGACCUCAGUAAAUCUAGUUGCAUCUACACACGUACUCAGAGUUGAUAGGGAAUCACCUCCUUCUCACCAGUUAGAAGCUCAGCUAAAUAAGAUCUGGGACCUAGAGUCAUUGGAGACUCAUCCCGAUUUACCAGAUAAUUAUGAUCUCAGCUGUAAACGACUUCAUGGAUUACUUGAGCGUCUCAGGAAGAAUCCUGAGUUACUAACAGAAUAUAACAAGGUUAUUCAAGAGCAGUUGAGUCAUGGAAUUGUUGAGCUGGCAUCAGAGCUACCAGUGGGAGGAAAGAUACAUUACCUUCCACACCACGCAGUCAUACGAAGAGACAAGGAGACUACCAAGGUCUGCGUGGCAUACGACGCCUCAGCCCAGUCCAGGAAUAAACCAUCCUUGAAUCAUUGUCUUUAUAAGGGACCACCGUUUGGUCAAGCUAUUUUUGAUAUCCUCCGAUUUAGAGUUCACCAAACAGCAAUUGCUGGUGACAUCAAAAAGGCAUUUUUGAUGGUGUCCAUUGCUAAGAAGGAUAGAGAAGCCCUGAGAUUUCUGUGGGUAGAUGACCCAAUGAAGGGGGAGCCUAAUAUAAUACCACUCAGGUUUACGAGAGUUGUAUUAGAAGUUUCAUCAAGUCUAUUUCUUUUAAAUGCUACAAUUGUUCAUCAUUUGGAUCAGUAUGUUGAAGAGGAUUCUGAGUUUGUAGCAAAGAUCAAGAGAGCAAUCUACGUAGAUGAUGUUAGGUUUGGAUCAAGGGAAGAUGACUCCACCUUUGAACUGUAUGAGAAGUCUAAGAGAAUCCUUGCUAAGGGUGGGAUCAGUCUCAGGAAAUUCAUCACUAAUUUGAAGAGUUUACAUCAACGGAUUCAAGACAAAGAAUUUUUGACUACAUGUACACCAGGGAAACUGGAUCACCAUGUUCAGGUGUCAUCAGAUGACCAGUCAUACUCCAAGACAGUACUGGGGGCUAAUUUCAAUUCAACCUCUGGUGGUCAGAAAAUAAUAGGAGUCUAUUGGAAGUAUGAUCAAGAUCAAUUAGAAAUUGACCUCAGUACCAUAGCUCAGUCUGUAAGCAGUGCUGCUCCUACCAAGAGGGAUGUUGAGAUGUGUAAGCUGAAACUGGAGUGGGAUGAGCCCCUUACAGGGGAGUUACUACAGCUGUGGAAUACACUCAUUGAGGACUUGAAGAGUCCAACUCCAAUUACAUUGUCACGAUGUUACUUCAUUCAUCACUGUUCUCCUGGAAUGGUGUUACGACUCUGUAGAUUUGGUGAUGCCUCUACUAAGGCUUAUGCAGCUGUUUUCUAUUUAGAGAUUGAUUGUGAUGGAGUUUCUUAA